AUGGCGGCUUCUGCAUAUCACCUCAGGACGGACUAUCUCAGCGAAGCUUUUGGAAUCGACAACCCACGCCCAGAGUUUUCAUGGAGACUGGAAGCUGCCGACCCAUCCGACAAACACGCCGUAGUGUUUCAGAAUGCCUACCGCGUGCAGGUUGCCCUACACGACACCUUCAAACCCACGAGCAUUGUCUGGGACAGCGAUAUGGUGCGCUCACAGGAUCAGUCUGGUAUCAUAUAUGCUGGAGGCUUGCUACAAUCCAUCACAAAGUACUAUUGGCGGGUACAAUUGUUUGAUAUGCAUGAUAUGUGCAAUGGAUGGAGUAAGGCUGCGAGCUUUGAGACUGGCAUAAUGGAUGCGAGGCUGUGGAAGGCCAACUGGAUUACUGGACCUAUUGAGGAUACAGAGCACGCGAUGUAUUUCCGUGGUUGCUUGACUGUAUCGACUGGUGUGCUCAAGGGCAGAGCGUUUGUCUCUGCUUUGGGUUGGUAUAGGUUGCUCGUUAAUGGCACCGACUUGACUGGAAACUGCUGUGUGCCGCGCUGGACGCCUUUGAAUUCUGCAGUCGAAUACCAGGACUAUGAUAUCACGGAGCACCUAAGACCUGGAUUAAACCACUUCAGUGUUGUGGUUGGAGAUGGCCGCUGGAGAGGCAGUCUGGGACUCAGAGAUACCAGAGCCAAACAUCACGACCCUGUUGCAGCUUUUGUUCAAAUUAACAUCAAUUUCAAGGACGGCAACAGGAUUGCAUACGGUAGUAGCGAAGAAUGGCUCGCCGGCACAGGAGUCAUCAUCCGCUCGGACCCAAAACUAGGCGAAGAACACGAUCUUCGCAUCAGCAACGACGAAUGGCUGGGUGUAGUAGCACCUACACCACCCACUGUCCAAGGCUCCCGCUGGACGCGAGCCCGCCUACUACCAACACCACAAUCCCGCAAACUGAUCGCCGAAGAAACGCCACGCACAAAAGAGAUUGCACGACUACGACCGAAAGGCAUCCUGCGCUCCCCCACCGGCAAGCAGAUCUUCGACUUUGGCGAAAACAUUGCUGGCUUCGUGGUUGCAAAGCUCAGGGGUAAGAGAGGCACUAAAGUCACCAUCACGUAUUCCGAAUCGGUGGGUCCGGAUGGGGAGCUGGAUCUGGAUUACGCUUUGCCCAUUGAUGGACAAGCCCAACGCGAUUCGUGCAUCUUGAGUGGAAAGGAUACUUGGUUUCAACCUUGGUUCACUCGCCACGGGUUCCGAUAUGCCGAGAUUGAGGGCUGUGAAGAUGUGGGCUUCAAUGACAUCAAGGCCUUGAUUGUGUCUGCAGACUUGCCCGAGACUGGAACAUUCGCAUGCUCGGACUGGAGACUAGAGAGAUGGAGAGGAAAUGCUUUGCGUUCCAUGCGAGCCAAUUUCGCGGAUGUGAUUACCGAUUGCCCGACUAGAGAACGUCUUUGCUGGAUGGGCGACUUGCAGGCCAUCUCGCCCACGUCAACCAUGUUCUUGGACACCCAGACGUAUUUGAGGAGGACGUUGAGGAACAUCUCUCUCGAGCAGUUGCCCGAUGGCACGGUGCCGCCGUUCUUGCCUGGCGAGUGUGCGCAAGUCUACAAGGGUCUUUGGUGGCCAAUGUCUCUGAUCACGACCUCUGUGGGCUGGGGUGACGCUUGUGUAUUGGUACCUUGGACACUAUAUCAAUACUACGGCGACAAAGCAGUCCUGAAACGACAAUACGCAAGCAUGAAGAAGAAGAUUGAGCAGCAAGGCUAUGGCAAGUACUUCAAAGGCGAGCGCAACGAACACGAACCCUACAUCCUCGACAGCGACAAGAUGUGGGGAGAAUGGUUGGAGCCCGGCAGCGGCAUGUGGGGACUCUUCAAAUCACUCAUGAUCCCCAGUCCGAACACCGCAACGGCAUACUUUGCACACAAUGCCUCUGUACUUGCCAAAGCUGCCGAAGCUCUGGGAUACACCCAAGAUGCUGAUCAUUAUCUGCAGCUUUCUGAGCGUGUAGGUGUGGCCUGGCGUGCUGCUUUUGUAUACUCUGAUGGCCGCAUUGGUGAUGACAAGCAAGAUGAUUAUGUGCGAGCUCUGGCUUUCAAUCUCAUCCCUGCCUCUUCACGGCCCAGCACUAUUACACGCUUGGUGGAGAUCAUCCACGACAGCAACUACCACUUUGGCACCACACUACUCAAUACCGCCAUGCUAUUGACUGUCCUCAGCGACAACGGCAGAGCAGACAUCGCCUACAAACUCCUCCUCAACAACCAACCCCACACCUUCCUCAACCAAAUCGAAGCCGGCGCAACCACAAUCUGGGAAACCUGGACUGGCUACGAUGAAGCCGGCAGAGCUAAAGGAUCUCACAAUCAUGUUGCUACAGGAGCUUGCACGCGCUGGCUGCAAGAAGGUAUUGUAGGCAUCACUCCCCUCGAACCCGGUUACCGCAAAAUCAAGAUUCGGCCUUUGUUAGGCGGAGGCUUAGAUCAUGCUUCUGGUGGCAUAGAAACGCCAUUUGGGCUUUGCAAAGCCACUUGGAGAGUCUUGGUUGCCACAGGCAUGGUACAACUCUGCGUUACAAUCCCUGCAGGCGCGUCUGGAGAGAUUCACCUCGGAAACGGGCAAGUUCACGACGUACCCACCGGCACGCAUUUCUUCGAAUGGCAGGGUUCGAGUACAGAGCCUCCUGCUUCUUCUGCAUCUUCUAUCGUUUCUGUGGAGACGGUGGUGUUGGAUAGAGCAUCGGUCGCUAGUCCGCCACAAAGCCCUGGUGGCACGUUGAUGCCGCACUCGAGAUUGCCGAGUAUGGUGUCUAGAGGGGGACGACUGUUGCCACCAUCUGCGCACCAAGGACCUACGAAACUGCGUGUCGAUAGUGUGAAUUCGAUAGCCAAUGUGGGCAAGCCCACGCGGAGGAGUUUCCAGUUGCCGCGAAACGGGGGUGUAAUGUCUUGGCCGCCUUUGGCUGCUACUUGA